UUUAAAGACACCAUAUCUCGAUUUUUGCGGAGACACGAAACUACGACAAUACUAUUUCCUAUUUUAAAAUUAAAUUAAAACUCUAAUUUCAUCAUGGCUGGUAGAGGUCGAGGACGAGGACGUGGUCGAGGAUCUUCUUUUGCUGCUGAUGCCCUUGGGCUAGGAAGAGGAGGUGAAGCACUGCCACCUCCCACGGCACAACCACCACCACUUUUUCCUCCUCUGGAAUUUUCUCCCGCACCUCUCCCCAAGAAUGAGGAGGACAAUUACAUGUACCUGCUCAAACAAGAGUUCAGAGGUCACAUGAGGGAUUCACCUUACUGCAUCAAACCUCAUAACAAGAAGAAAGAUAUUGAACGUUAUUCAGACAAGUAUCAAGUUGGUUCUGGGGAUAAUGGUAUAGGAUGGCAUCCAGAUUGGAAAAGGUUUCCUAAAGAGCUGAGGAUAGUAUCUCGAAAAGCAAGACCACCAAAGUCAGCAGGCUCAGUGAAACCAUCAUUAUCCACUGCCAGAGUUUCAAAGAAGAUUAAUGAAGAAGUCAUCAAAAAGUUGGAUGAGUUGGAAAAGAAAGAAGAUGGUACCAAGUCUGGAGAAGAGGAGGAAGAAGAAGAGGAAGGACAAGAAGAAGAAGAUGCAGAGGAAUAUUAUGAUGAAGAAGAACAGGAAGAGGGUACGGACUACAUCUCCAAUUACUUUGAUCCCGGUGAGGAUUACAUUGAUGAAGAUGAUGGGGGUGAUGAUGGACCUACCUACUGAUGUGUUACCAUGACAACACCACAUCAGUGCAUGUGAAACAGAUGGAAGCAUGCUGCUCCCGGCAGGAGUGAGAUGAGACAAAGCACCAAUGCGCUGAAGUGAUACACAGACACAGUUACCAUUAUGGUAGGAGCGGCAGAACAGGAGCAUUUGGUGCGAAAUUGUAGGAGAAGACUGAUACUUUAUUUGAUGGCUCAUUCCAUCAGUAUGGUUAUACAGUCAAACUUGCUUUAGUGACCACCUGUCUACAAGGACCACAUUUUUUGUUUCCCUUAAAAUUGGUUUCUCAUUGAAAUAUGUACUAAAGGAACCUGUCUACAAAGACCACCUGUCUACAAAGACCACUUUUUGUGUUUCCCUUGGGCUGUCGCUGUAGACAGGUUUGACUGUACCACCAUUCAACUUGACUGAUCUUACUGCAUGCUUAAAAUGAUCUGAUAGCUUUGAUGUAGUUCUCCAGAUGUGAGUCUGUGAUGUCAGUGGAACACAACUGACAAGCACACUGUAACUCCAGCUGUGAUGUUUCCCUGGGCUUUCAAAGAAUUGCCAAAAGAUGGUAUGCAUAGCUGCCAACCAUUCCUAUUUUCGAGGAAUUAUUUCUACUUUUUGGCCCUUAAACUAAUGUUAUGGAUCCUAGAUUCCUCUCUUUUGUCAAAAUGUCUGUGUGCAAAAGUAUACAAAAUGACUGUAUUCCUAAUUUUGCCUUGAUUGAUUCCUAAUUUUUGCUUUGGAAGGUUGGCAUGUAUGGGUUUUGUGUAGGAUUUUGCCCAAAACCUCUCUUGUCGGAUUGUGCAGAGAGUUGAACUACCACUGAUUUAAAGUUGAAGUUUAACCCCAAAAAAUCACAAGAUGUUCUCUUCCAGACUCCACAGAGUCAUGCCAUUACCAUGGGGAUAAGGAAUUGCUAAUAGGUAGUAUGGUGUAGGAUUUCUCACAAAACCUCUCUGUUGGUUUGUUCAGAGAGUUGCACUACCAAUGAUUUAAAUUUGAAGUUUAAAAAAAUAGCAGGAGUCUCCAGAGUCAUACAAUUACUGUUUAGUUGGUGAUUUGGUAUGGAAACAUUAUAACAAACUAAUGUAGAGCAUCAAAAACUGCUGGGUGAGAUUUUGAGAAAAGCUGACAGAUUGGAGCAGGGGUAGUGAUGGAAUUGGCACUGUGACUGAUUCUGAAUGAUUCACUGAUUAUUCAGAACAUAAAGACAGGUUAUAGAAAUAUGUGAGUCAUAUAUUGAGCAAAAGCAUUGUAUCUAAAGGAGAGAAAGAGAGAAAGAGAGAGAGAGAGAGAGAGAGAG